UUCGCUGUUGUUUGUGUAGAUAACUGACGUCGCUGCAUAUUCCAUUAAUGAUAACGCUUGGAAAAACAGCAGUAUGUCUAGAUAAAUAUUGUCUGUGGUCUAGUUGUUAAUUAUAAUAAUAUAUUUUCUUGACUGUUACGUAACUGUAUAUAAAUUCCACGCUAAUAUCUAUACUCUAAUUUGAAGUUUAAAACCAUGAAGGUCCACACAGUAUUGGGUGCAGUAUUACCAAGUGACCUGGGCAGGACUCUGACGCACGAGCACUUGUCUAUGGAGUUCAAUCAUUUCUACCGGAAGCCACCAAAUCAAAUCGCACACAGAUUUCAAUCAGGAUUUACCCUGGAGAAUGUUGGCUAUAUAAGGCAAUAUCCAUAUAGUUCUAAAUUUAACAUAGUUAUGAAUGACGACCAUUCGAAACAUGCUGUUUAUAACGACGUUGGAGUUUUUAAGGAAUUAGGUGGUGGAACUAUAGUUGAAAAUACCACUAUCGGAUUAAAUAGGGAUAUAGAUUUUUACAAGUCCGUCUCAGAAAAAACGGGAGUGCAUGUGGUUGCAGGAACUGGGCACUAUAUCGCUGAUGUUCAAAAUGAUACGAUAUUAGAUAUAAGAACAGAAGAUCUUUAUAACCUUAUGUUGACAGAACUGACAGAAGGCUGUAUCGAUAAUCCCAUUGUCAAAGCUGGUUUUGUGGGUGAGAUUGCCAGUGUUUGGCCCAUUAAAGACUUUGAACGCAGAGCUAUAAGAGCAGCUGGUGAGAUCCAGGCUCAGCUCGGAUGUGGAAUCAGUUUCCAUCCUCACAGGGAUCCGAAAGCACCGUUUGAGAUUAUACGGCUGUAUACCGAAGCGGGUGGAAGAGUUAACAAAGCUGUCAUGUCACACCUCGACCGUACGAUUAAAUUGUAUUACUCCCUAGUAUAUCCGACAGACUUUAUACAGUGUUUUGUUUAUAGAAGAGGAGGACAAGCGAGGGGUUACCUGGUGUUAAGUGAUCACCACCGCCCACACCACCAUUUAGAAAAAUGCACACUGCUAGAAUUGGAGCAACUAUUAGAAUUCUCUGAGCUUGGUACUUAUUGCCAGCUGGAUCUGUUCGGUACAGAAGUAUCCCACUACCAGCUCAACAUCCACAUGGACAUGCCGUCGGAUGCACAGCGACUUAAUAUGAUCAAGGCGCUCGUGAACGAGGGGAGGGAGGAGCGAGUGCUGAUGUCGCACGACAUUCACACCAAGCAUAGACUGAUCGACUUUGGCGGUCACGGUUACAGCCAUAUAUUCUUCAACGUUCUACCAAAGAUGUUGGCCAAAGGUUUCACUCAAGCACAGAUAGAUAAAAUCACAAUAGAAAAUCCAGCGAAUUGGCUGUCCGUUACCUACUAGUGUUUAAUUCACGAGAAAUAUAGAGAUAUUCGACGGAGUUGAAGAAGAAGUUAUAUAUAAAAUGAAAUACAUAUAACACAAAAUAUACGAGAAUAUUCUGGCUUAAGAUGAAAUAGAUUAUUUUAUUCAUUCUAACAUUUAAUAAAAUAUACACAUUACAAAUCUA